AUGAACACAACAUUCAACAGCGCUCUCAAGCAGAGCACUUCGAUUCGCAAAGACCUCGCCAACCUCUCGAGCCAACCCUCCUCCGACCCAAAUGGCCCCUCGCCCGCCCUCAUAAGCCCCGCCGCGCUCGGCUCCCUCAGCGCCUCCCUGACCGCCUUCCAACGCACCAUCGACGAGUACAACUCGCUCGCAAAACAAGAGCUCAACCCAGCCAAGCAAGAAAAGGCCCUCGAGCGCAUACGAAACUUCCGCACCGAACUAGCCGACUACCGAAGAGAGUUCGAGUCGCUCAAGACACAGCGCGACGACGCCCUGCACGCCAAGGACCGCGGCGAGCUGCUAGGCCGGCGGCCCUACGCCGCGACGCCCGAGAACCCCUACGCGGGCAGCUCGGGCGCGGCGACAUCGAGUUCCUACGGCGGGUACGGCGGCGGCGGCGGCGGGGGGCACGUGCGGAACACGAGCGGCGGGGCGGGCGUGGGCGGGAGCAGCAGCGGCGGCGGGUACGGCAUGGGCAGCAACGACGUGACGCGCGAGGACCACGCGCUGCGGGAGCAGAACUUCUUCGCCAGCACCAACUCGGCGUUGGACGAGUACAUCGCGCGCGGGCAGGCGGUGCUGGGCGACCUGGGCACGCAGCGCGAGAUGCUCAAGGGCACGCAGAAGAGGCUGUACUCGGUCGCCAACACGCUCGGCGUGUCCGGGGACACCAUCCGCAUGAUUGAGCGGCGCGCGAGGGAGGACAAGUGGAUCUUCUGGGCGGGCGUGGUCAUCUUCUUUGGGUUCUGCUGGCUGUGUCUGCAUUUCUUGCGAUGA